CUAUUCCUUUCUCUUCUCUUCUCUUCUUCUUUCUAUAUAUCGCACUUGAUACAUGGUCAGCUUAACCUCUUUCUUUUCAAGAUCAAGUCAAAAGACGCCGAGCAGUAGUCGACAAGCAAGUAGACAAAGUAGUCGUAGAAAUUCAAGAGAGGGGUCACAAUUAGACUUGGAUGAAGGAAUCAAUUCAUGCUCAAGUAGUAUAGAAUCAACUUCUACAAAAUUGUAUAGAUUAAAUACAGCAAGCUUACGUGAGUAUGGUGAAUGCUACAAAAGACUCGGAAAGGGUUCAACGGCGAUUAUAUCCAUCUGUAAAAGCAAGCGAUUAUCUUAUGAUUCAUCCAGUGAAUGCAAACUUUAUGCGAUCAAGCAGUUUCGAAAAAGAAACAAGACAGAGACCGAAAAGGAAUACAUGAAAAAGUUGACGAGUGAAUUUUGUAUUUCUUCGACCUUUCACCAUCAAAAUGUGAUUGAAACAAUCGAUCUCGUAUUGGACAAUCAAACGCGAUAUUGCACAGUCAUGGAAUAUUGUCAAGGUGGUGACUUAUUCUCUGCUAUUAUGUCUGGACAUAUGACUGAAAUAGAGAUGGCUUGCUGCUUUAAACAAAUGAUGAAAGGCAUUGCUUACCUUCAUUCAGUUGGUGUCGCUCACAGGGAUAUCAAACCCGAAAACUUGUUGCUCACACUUGACGGUACGCUCAAGAUAACGGACUUUGGUGUGUCGGACGUUUUCCGAUGUGCUUGGGAGAAAAAGUGUCACAAGUGUCAUGGGUUGGUUGGGUCCGAACCUUAUAUCGCUCCAGAGGCAUUCGAUCGUAAAGACUAUUGGGGUUCUCUCUCUGAUAUCUGGUCGGCUGGCAUCGUUCUUUAUUCGAUGUACAAAAGUGGUCAUGCUUGGAUUAGAGCUGAUAAAAAAUCGGACCGUGAAUUUAGAUCCUAUUUAGACCAUCACCCAGCAAGAACUUAUCCAAAUUUCAAAAAGUUUAACGAUUCCAUGAGAGAUUUGGUUUAUAAAAUGCUCGAACCAAAUCCUGAACAUCGUCUAACAGCAGAACAAGUACUGGAACACAAAUGGGUAAAGUCAAUCCUACUGUGUGAAAAAGGUAUCGAUACCAUGAAUAGACACCACAAACAUACAACAGCAACAAAAUAAUUCAUUUGUAAAUAUUAUAUUCAUUUUAAUUAAAAUCCCAAAUAACUGUAUUCUCCCAAGUGA